AUGCUUUCGAGCACUCCACCACCUCAACCCAAGUUACGCGGGCAAACUUUUCCUGGUGAGCGAGAGCAAGUUUCUGGAGCGAGGAUGCGGCAGCUUUUACUCGGUGUCUCUUCCGACAAGAGACUGGUGCUUGUUUAUCCCAUGUCGCAAGACGAUUCGAUAUCUGAGGUUUAUGAGUGCAAGGCUCACAAGCCCCAGUUGUACUCAAUCAACUCUUCUGCCGGGAACGGGGAGGAUCUCGUCAACAGAUUGCCGGCCGAGCUACUUCGCAAAUGCUUCGAAUUCUCCAUCGAUGCGAGCGGGUUGUUCGACAAACACAAUAGUCGGCCAUGCCAAUGCAAGGUUGCAAGCGAUGGAUUGCCUCGACAAGACUACUCAACUGCUCAGGCUAUCAGCUUGACAUGUUCAAGGUUCUUGGCCAUAUCUCGACCAGUAUUCUAUUCUUGGAUUCGACUUGCUCCUUCGCAGUCAAGCCUCGGAUGUGAGAUAUUCGAAAUGCGUAUCUUACGUCGAUUCGUCCGGACAAUCAACACAGCUUACAGCUUGAGAAACUACAUAAUCAGCUUGAGUAUUCCGAUGAAAUCAUUCUCUCGGCUUGCAAUGGCGACCGAGACUAAUUUUGUGCGACUCCGGAAGCUGGAUCUUACCAUCACAGGUACUUGCACAGCACAGGAGUGGAACGCUUGCUAUACCAACCUUUGCGGUCUUCCUGAGCUUGUCGAGCUAUCGGUUUUACUGGGUCCGGAAGCUACCUAUGGGCUCCAAUCCUUCACUCGCAUGGUGUCAGCACUCGGUCGUUUGUCAAAACUCGUUUUGAAGGGUGUCCGCAGUAAGAAAGAUCACGGCGAUGAUACCCCCUCAAUGGAGAGAAAUUUGGUGCGUCUACCAAACACAGAUAUAAAUCGAAGAGAGCAAUGCAACAGUGGUUCUGCAUCUCUCACGCAGCUACAUCUUUGGUCUUUUCACCAUGGCAAUCCUCUUGAGUUGAGAAAAUUCCUAUCCUCAGUUUCAAACCUCGAAUGCUUCACUCUUGACAUAAUAGGCAUGUGUGGGUAUUCUCUCGACAAGCUAGUGGAAAUGGGCUGUAUUUCAUGGCGGUGGACCUUCGAAGAUUUGCAGAAAUCUCUGAGUGGACAUUACCUUACUUUGCAAGAGUUGCGUAUUCGUCAGCUUGGGCCCACGCAGGAGGGUCUCGAUCACUUUAGCAUCCACCCUUUCCAGGCUUUGCGAACAUUGCAGCUUUGUUCAUUAGGUCUACCUCCCCCGAACAAGGCUUCUGACCUGUGGCUCACUCCCUCACUAAGCGAAUUCAUGCUCGAGAGCUCUUGGAACGACAGCCAGUGCGGCAUCAUCUGGCAAAUCGGUGUAGAUGAUGUGAAAUGGUUGGCAGAAUUUGCCACGGUAGCAGCAAAGCGAAAGAGCCUAGGACUUACUGGUCUUCACACUAUUAAGCUUCUUUACGAGCCUGAGGAAGAACAAGUGAUUUGUCAUCCGGGGGCCGUUCGUGUCGAGAAUCUGAUCUCCUCUGCAAAGAUUGCCGUAGAAAGUCAUGGUUUUCGUUUUGUAUGGCAAACAGCGUUGCAGACGCUGAUGUCUUGA